CCCGGGGCCCCCCGGAGCGCGCACGUGGCUGUCGGCAUGCUGCCGCCGUGCUCUGAGCAGGCGCUGAGCCAGCUGCUGCUCCGCAAGGAGGAGGAAUGGCGCGCCCUGCAGGCCCAGCGGGAGCAGCGGCAGGAGGCGGCACUGCGGGACGCGCAGCGCGGGCUGGAGGAGGCGCAGGCGCAGCUGCGGCGCCUGCAGGAGGACUUCGUCUACAACCUGCACGUGCUGGAGGAGCGGGACCGGGAGCUGGAGCACUACGAGGCCCUGCUCACCCAGGCCCGGGCGCAGGAGGCGGCCCGGCAGGCGGAGAGCAGCGAGCUCAGGAUCGAGGCGGCCAAGCUGAAGCAGGCGCUGGCCCGGGAGGCCCGGCGCGGGGAGGAGCUGCAGCAGCAGCAGCAGCGGAGGGCGCAGGAGCACCGCCGGGAGCUGGAGCGGCUGCACAGCGAGAAGGACAGCGAGUUGGACCAGCAGCGGGAGCAGUAUGAGAGCCUCAAGUGGCGGCUGGAACGGAAGCUCGAGGAGCUUGACGGCGAACUCGCGCUGCAGAGACAGGAGCUACUGCGGGAGUUUGAGUCUGCAACGCAGAAGCGGGAGCACGCGUUCCGGCUCAGGGCGGAUGACAUGAGCAACGUGGUCCUGUCCCACGAGCUCAAGGUGAAGCUCCUGAACAAAGAGCUGGAGGCUCUGAAGGAAGCCGGAGCCCAGGCGGCCGAGCGCCUUGAGAGGGCGGAGACCGCGAACGCGGAGCUGGAGAGCCGGCUGCAGGGCCGCGCCUGGGAGCUCCGAGACCUGGAGGCCGUGAAGGACGCCCGGAUCGAGGAGUUGGAGGAGAAGCUUCACGCGGCGCAGCUGGCCAGGAAGAGAGGAGAGGAGACAUUGAAGAGGAAGUGCGAGGAGCUGGACCACCUGGUCAGGGAGAAGGACCUGGCGCUGGUGUCGGUGAAGGAGGCCCACAGGGAGCAGCUGCGGGCUCAGGAGGCCAGGGUGGUGGAGCUGCAGGCCCGCUGUGCGACCCUGGAGGGGCAGCUACGCACGGCAGAGCGGGCCCAGGCCACCGCGGCCGAGGAGAAGGACGCCAUCAUCCACCGGCUCCGCGAGGACGCAGCAGCUCUGGAAGCGGGCCGGGACGCCCGGGCGGCACAGAUGGCCAAGGAGGCCAUCUCCAGAGACCUCCAGGUCCGGAUGCUGCAGGAUGGGGAGGAGAAGCUCAAGGCCCAGCUGGCCAGAUUCCAGCAGGACAUAGACAGGUACAAGCAGCAGCUGACACAGGCAGUGGAGAGGGAGCGGGGCCUGGAGCGCCAGCAGGUGCAGCUGGGCCUGGACUGGCAGCGCCGCUGUGAGGACAUCGAACGAGACCAGAUCCAGAAGUCGGAGGCUCUGAUCCAGGGCCUGACAGAGGCCAGAGACCAGGUGGCCGCUAAGCUCCAGGAGGCCGAGCGGGCCCUGCGUGACCAGGAGCAGGCGCUGAGGGCGGUGACCCUGGAGCGGGACCAGGCCGUGGAGGCUCUGCGGGGGGCCGGGCCCCUCCCCGGACAGGAGGUGCAGGCCCCUGCACAGGAGCGUGAUGGAGACGCGCGCGGAGCCCUGCCCCCCGCCGAGGCCCAGCAGCUGCGGGAACAGAACGCAAGUCUGCGGAACGCGGUGUCACAGAUGAGGAGAGAGAUGGAAACCCUGAGCCUCCAGAUCCCCCCCUCCUCCGGGUUAGGAGAGAACCCCGGGGCAGACCCACCUGACCCUGGGGCCGGAGGAGACACCGCCAGGCCAGGUUAUGUUCUGGCCCUUGAGGCAGAAAUCCAAAGCCUGCAGCGGAAAUUCCAAAGCCUGGAGGAGCAGCUGGUCAGCGCGCCAGAGCCCGCGGCCCGGGGCGCAGAGACCGGAGGAGGAGCUCCCGGGCCCGCCCUGGCCCGCACUGGACUGGCGCUCAGGAAGCUCAGAGACAGGGUGCUGCUCUUGGACAUGCUGGUGACGGAGCUCAGGAAGAAGGUGCGGCGGAGGCCCCUGGAGCCCGGGCUGCGGCACGGGGUGGAGCAGGUGCAGCUGGAGGUGCAGGAGCUGCAGACGCAGGUGGCCGAGCUGGAGCGGCAUCUCGGGGCGGCUGGGCAGGAAGGAGGGGCGUCCCCCGAGCAGGGCCCCGCAGAGGGCCUGGACGAUGGGAGAGGCGUGGGCACUGCGGACCGAGGGCGGUGGCCUGCGUGCCCCCAGCCGGCGGCGCAACCCGCACAGCCCUCACCCACACCCCACCUGCGGCAGAAACUGCGGGACGCGGCCAGGAACAUCCUCCGCCUCCGCCUAGAAAAGGAGCAGCUCAUCGAGAUGGGAAACCGGCUGCGAGCUGAGCUGGGCCAGACCAAAGGAAAGCCACUUCCUCGUCCCCCCCUGGUGGCCCUGGAGCCCCUGGUGGCGCCCGAGGCGCCCGGGCGUCCUGGACCGCCUUCAGGAGCCUUGCCGCCCCGCGACACUCAGGACCCGCAGCGCACGAAGAGAAGGAGCUCUGCCCACCCUGCAGGGAAGAGCCAGCCCCACUCAGCACAGACUGCCCCUAGCCAGAAAGAAAACCAGUCCCCGAAGCCGCCACGGGCUCCGGACGCCCCUGGGGAAGACGGGCCCCACACCCGCGCGUCCUCGUCACCGGCCAGCAGCUCCCUGCGGGACACCUGGCGGCUGCUAGACCUGGGAUCCAGCCCCUCCGGCCUCCCGUCCCAGGAGGACCCCACCCCAGGUAGGACGCCGGGGCUGUGCUAG